CGCACGGAGCCAGUCCGUUCAGCUCGGCACCAGCACAACAUGCAGGAUGGCGAGUGUGGAGGCAGCCGCUGAACAUGAACGGAUCCUCCGGGAGAUUGAGAGCACCGACACCAACUGUAUCGGGCCGACCCUCCGGUCGGUGUAUGAUGGUCAGGAGCAUGGCCUGUUCAUGGAGAAGCUGGACGGCCGGAUCAGGAACCACGACAGGGAGAUCGAGAAGAUGUGCAACCAUCACUUCCAAGGCUUUGUUGACUCCAUCACAGAGCUGCUCAAAGUGCGAGGAGAGGCUCAGAAACUGAAGAGUCAGGUAAUUGAGACCAACAGGCGUCUUCAAGAUGAUGGCAAAGAGCUCAUCAGCUCCAUGGAAGAGUUGAAACAGUGUCGAAUGCAGCAGAGAAACAUCGCUACCACCAUAGACAAACUGACGCACUGUCUACCAGUCUUGGAGAUGUACAGUAAACUACAGGAACAGAUGAGGGCCAAAAGGUACUACCCGGCGCUGCGGACAUUGGAGCAGCUGGAGCACACGUGUCUUCCCAGAGCGGGACAGUAUCGAUUCUGCUCCAUCAUGGCUGACAACAUCCCCAAACUGAGGAUCCACAUCCGGGACGAAGCCAUGACGCAGCUGCGGGACUUCCUGGAGAGCAUCAGGAAACACUCUGACAAGAUAGGAGAGACGGCCAUCAAACAGGCCCAGUUGCAACGCUCGUUGGACAGCUCCGUCUCCACACAGCCCCGGGCCCUGAUGGGCCGACGCACCAGGAAGGAGGCGAUGGUCGCGGCGGGGACAGAGAGUGAUGGACAGGGUGGCAGUCCAGUGUCGGAACAAGACUCUGGCAUUCUGGAUGUGGAGGAUGAAGAGGAGGAUGAUGAGGUCCCAGGAGCUCAGGAUUUGGUGGAUUUCUCUCCAGUGUAUCGCUGUCUGCACAUCUACACUGUACUUGGUUUACGUGAUGUGUUUGAAAACUACUACAGAAAGCAGAGGAGGAAACAGGCUCGCCUCGUACUGCAACCCCACUCUAACAUGCAUGAAACACUAGAGGGAUACAGGCGGUACUUCAACCAAAUAGUCGGGUUCUUUGUAGUUGAGGAUCACAUCCUCCACACUACGCGGGGUUUGGUCAACAGAGCAUAUGUAGAGGAGUUGUGGGAGUUAGCACUGUCCAAAACCAUUGCUGCCCUGAGGACACACUCUUCAUACUGUGAUGACCCAGACCUGAUCCUCGAUCUGAAGAACCUCAUUGUCAUUUUUGCUGAUACACUGCAGGGUUACGGCUUCCCCGUGUCCCAGCUGUUUGAUAUGCUGCUGGAGAUGAGGGAGCAGUACGGAGAAAUCCUGCUCAAGAGGUGGAACAUCACCUUCAGGCAGGUGUUGGACCAGGACAACUACAGUCCGAUCCCAGUGGCGUCGGAGCAGGAGUACAGACACUACACCUCACAGUUUCCACUGCAAGACCCUGAAUUGGACAAGCUUCCGUUCCCUAAGAAGCUUCCCUUCUCAGAGUUUGUGCCUAAAGUCUACUGCCAGAUCAAAGAGUUCAUCUACGCCUGUCUGAAAUACUCUGAGGACCUGCACCUCAGUUCCACAGAGGUAGAUGAUAUGAUUCGAAAGUCGACCAAUUUGUUGUUGACGAGAACCCUCAGCCACUGUCUGCAGUAUGCCAUCAAGAAGAAGAAUGUCGGACUGGCAGAGUUGGUGCAGGCGAUCAUCAACACCACCCACCUGGAGCAGUCCUGCCACUACCUGGAGGAGUUCAUAUCAAACAUCACAAAUGUCCCUCCUGACACGGUCAAUGCUACCAAGCUGUAUGGGACCUCCACCUUUAAGGACGCCCGUCAUGCGGCCGAGGCGGAGAUCUACACCAAUCUCAACGCCAAGAUCGACCAGUUCCUGCAGCUGGCUGACUAUGAUUGGAUAGCAGCGGUGCAAGGGGGAGGGGCCUUGACACCCAGCGACUACCUGAUUGACCUGAUCGCCUUCCUAAAGAGCACCUUCAGUGUCUUCACCAACCUACCUGGUAAAGUGGCUCAGACGGCCUGCAUGUCGGCCUGUAAGCACAUCUCCACCUCUCUGCUGCAGCUGCUGUUGGACUCGGAGGUCAGGCAGAUCUCGAUGGGAGCGCUGCAGCAGCUCGACACCGACGUCCGGGAGUGUGAGAGUUUUGCCAGAGCCGGCCCGGUCGCAGGCUUCCAGGGUGACACGUUGCUUCUGGCCUUCAGUGACUUGAGACAAUUGUUGGACCUGUUCACGCAGUGGGAUUGGUCAACGUACCUGGCUGACUAUGGCAGACCCACCUGUAAAUACCUGAGAGUCAACCCACACACUGCGCUGGCCCUGCUGGAGAAAAUGAGGGAGACGGGGAGGAAGAACAACGUCUUUGCCCAGUUCCGGAAGACGGACCGAGACCGACAGAAACUCAUCGACACCGUUCUCAAGCAGCUGCGGAACCUCAUCGCUCAGCACCACGCCUAGACCGAGCCACCCGACCGGUCACCAGGCCUGCAACCGCCCAGUCCCGCUGGCUCGUUUGAAGCAUCCAGCCUGACAUCAAGCAGUCUUUUUCACCCGACAGUACUUCAGACCAAUCGGAUUGGACGGCACCCGUGUAACAUCCACCCCCAUUGGUUGAUUUAUGCAUCCAAGCUGAGAGCAAACAACCUGAUUGGACCACAUCCCUGUGAAAAAAAAAAAAAAAAAAAAAAAAAAAAAUCCCGUGGGUCCAGUUAAACAUUUAGAACCACCAGUUUAAUUGGACAGCACCCCUGCAAUCAGCAAACCCACUGGAUAAUGAGCUUGAACUGUACAACCUGAUUGGUCAAUUGGUUUUUGAAUUAAGGAACAAAAUGUGAAACCAGCAAUUUUUUUUUUUUAUUCCGACAACAAACAGUCUGAGUGGUUAUCAUUUACCCUCUGGCUUUUGGUUUUCACCUCCAGUUCAAAUUCAGGUGAGUUUUGUCUGAUCUUGUUGUCUGCCUCCUAAGACUGAAACUCUUUCGGUUAUCAAGUCUGAACAGUCAACAGGCGAUGAUGAUGAUGAAGACUGGAAUAAUCUUACUGGUUACUCGAAUUGUCACGAACUGUGCAAUCUCACCGGCUUAAGGUGAAGGCGAAAGAAACUCCCUUGAAUCUUGUCGGCUGUUCCAAGAUUAUCUCCACCUGCAAGAUCCUGAGCAAUGGGCAGCCUGAUAGACGCUGGAAAAAGGCAGUAAACACAUUCCUCUCGAACAUCCUUUUGAUCUGAGCUCAUAUUUUAUUGGCUGAAGAUGAGGCAGCAAAAGAAACGCCACUUCCUCCAAUCUCCUCUCCUUGUCCUUUGAACUGGGGAGUCUUACCGGCUGAAUUAGGAAGUGAGGAAACUCUCAGUCUCCACUAUCCCAUUGGCGCCUACAAAUUGAUCUCCACACAUCAGACCUGAAGACAAGAAGAAAAUAAGUUUUGGAUUCCAGCUCUAAAUGCCAGUUUGACACUGAUCUUUAAGUUUGUCUACGUCAGUUGGAAGCUGGGAGGUGUACAAGCAAGUAGAGCACAUAUAGAUGGAAAAAAAUGUUAUCCAUUUAGGACUAGUUACAGUGUGCAUCAGAUCGUCAAGCAAUAUAUGAAGACCAGUGAAAUAAACAUUAAAAAAUGCCAGGUGUGAUUUCCAAAAAAAAACAAAAAACAAGGGCAUAAUAGAACAAAACAGGCAGAUACAGUGAGAAAACAACAGUGAAGAAAGUCCAUAAAUGUGGUGUACAUGCCUAGCAGCAUAAAGAACUACAAAUUUACAGCAUAAUUGUUUGACCCUCAAGCUUGGAAGCUGUCCAAUUUCCUCGUUCCCAGUUUUUCUGAAGACUUUGUCGCUCUACCUGAUGGCCCCAGCGUUAAUGUGCUGAAGCCGAGACAAAACGUUGUCAGGCCGAGUUUUCUUUCUUUUUUUUUUUUUUUUUGUAGACGCUGUUAUUGGUGUGCAGGGUGGGAUUGCUGGUGAGUUUUGCCCGUGGUUUGUGAGUUUGUCUCCUCUGUACUAAAACAAAAGAUUCCCACGGGAAAUUGUUUGCAGGAAUCCUAUUUUUUUUUUUUUU